GUGUAUUCGCCUGGGUCUCGCCUGCGGGGGCUACGAGAUCCGCCCGCCGCGCAUCCGCUUCGCUGCACUGAAGACCGGGCCCGGGCCCGGGUCCAGGUCUAGCAGUCCGCAGACCCGCGAGCGAGCCUCCGGGCCGGCGUCGUCCGGCCGUCCGGCUUUUGCGGCAUCAGGCAGCAAGGACAACGGAGUCGUUGUACCCGCCUGCCGCCAGACCCAACACCGAAAAGAGCAACCGCAGACCCGGUCGCAGUCGCCUUCGACCUCGCCUUCAGCAUCGCCAUCAUCACACCACACACCAGACCCGCCGGCCCGUGAUGUCGCCCUGGGCUUCCUGGUGCAGUACUUUGCCACCUAUGGACGACACACAACCACGGCGCGCGGGUUCUGGGAGUCGGUCCCGCUCAUGCUGCGUUCUGAGAGCUGCACCUCGCCCGCGACCGUGGCCAUCACCGCCGUAGCCAUGAGCAUGCUGCACCUGUGGAAGGGCAACGCCGCUGCCUUUACGGCGCCCAACCCUGCUCUAGGAAAGGCACUUGCACGGCUGCAGUCUGCCCUCUCUCUGCAGCAUCACCGCGUCGACUUGUCGUCGUCGUCUUCGUCGUCGUCGUCAAGGUACUCUGCCGUCCUGGCGUCACUUGCGCUGCAAUUCUACGACGACAUGCUCGGCCAGUAUGAUCGCGCGAGGCCGCUGACCAUGGUCCAUCACAAGGGCGCCGUCGGGUUGUUGCUGGCCUCUACCGCCAGGUCGACAACAACAACAACAAAUCGCAGAGGCGGUGUGGCGAUCGAGACCGAGGUGCAGGAUAGGACCCUGAGGGCCCGGUUGCUGAAGAACAUGCUGCACCUGGAGAUCAUAUAUGGCCUCAGGACCGGAUCUGCCAUUUCGCCACGCCUCACGGAGCUGCUAGCUUGGCAUGACGGCGGUGAUGCCAAGCAUCAUUCCGGGUACGGGUCAGACGUGGACCACAAGCCGGCAGAUCAGCUAGACCGCAUGGGUCUCGAGGUCGUCAAUCUCAACCAUCUUUUCUGCUCCGGUCUCGAAGACUACAGCCUAGAGCAAGUUGCAGACCUGGACAGGAGGCUGUCGGCGUGGCCAUCCCAGAUCCCCAGAUGCUGGCACCCCAUUGUCGUUGCCGUGAAUGACGAGCCAUCCACCAGCACAAUUCCCGUUCCGAGUCUGGUGCAGACCUACAGCGCCCUGGGGAGUUAUCAGGUCUAUCCGUCCGUCCAGCUCGCCAGCAUCUGGAACAUCUGGCGUCUCGAGAGGCUGGUCCUACUGCGAAUGAAAGUAGCAGCAGCAGCCAAGUCCACGGUGCCUCUACUCGGCAGCAUUCAUCACGAGGAGGCACCCCAUUGCAACCGUUUUGCCUCAACCACUGGCACUUCCACUUCCACUGCUGCUCCCCCCCUGCUCGAUGAUGUCCCCACGCUGAGGCACCAAGUCCAACACAUGGUUGACGAGAUAUGUCAGUCCGUGCCCUUCCACCUGGGCAAUCGCUGGAAACGGGGCUCGCUGGCCGAUUUCGCCGACAAGACCAUCAUGCAGCCGAGCUACCGUGACUUCGCUAUCCCCACGCAUGCUCCUCCUCCUCUUCCUCGCAUCCCGCCGCCGCCUACAUCGUCUUCGCCGUCGCCGUCGUCAGGAGGAAGCCAUGGGCCAGGAGAGCAGCACGACUCGCUCCUGACGUCCUCCUCCUCGGCCGAGGCGCAAACGGGUCACAUCAUCGCCCAGGGCCCGUGGCAUAUGCGGAGGACUCUAGGGCUGCUGCUGGGCAUGUUGUUCAGGCAGCGCGAUGGCGGCGAGCUGGUCGCGUGCCUGAGGGAGGGACAGGUCGCGUGGAUGAGAGAGCAGUUCGUUCGGACUGGGGUUCUGCUGGGUAUUGAUUAGAUUUCUGAAGUGUUUUAGAUGUCUGCAAGGGCAAUGAUGUUGAGAAUAUGGCGAUUUUUGUGGCGUAUUAUACUAGGGCUUCUUGUUGGGGACAACAAAGCUGUCAAAAACAAGCCACAAAACGAAGUGUAUGACCAAGAUCUCAUGGUGGCAAGAUAGAAGAUGCUGGACCACCCCGCGCCUGUGAGCAUACUGAUAUGGUGGCUGCUGCCACGAGAACGUUUUGCCUUUGUCUUCACCAGAUUGUCAAGAAUCGAUGUAGCUUUUGUUUGGUUGACG